CCGAAAAUCGUGAGCCAAAAUUUUCUGAAUUUUAACAGCAAAAAACAUAAAAUAGUAACAGUUUUUAAAGAAAAUUAAUUUAUUUUUUAUAAUUCUAAGCUUAAUUAACGACUAUUUAUCAGUAUUUACAAUAAAACAAUUGUAUUUGUCAAAUUGUAUAGAGUAUUUACUGUUAAAUAUGUAAAAUGUGACAUUUUCUGAAAUUUGGUAGAAAACAAAAUUUUUUUUAGGAAAAAUUUAGUUUACGCUUAUAAAUAACAUUCUGUAGGAUUUUAAUUGUGUAUUUUACUUGUUUUUUUAAAAUCUAUAUUAAAAAAAACGGUUCAUUAAAUAUUUACAAUUUACAAUGACCGAAACAAAUGGAUGUGCUAAUUCAAAUACAAAAAAUGGUAAUUUCAUUUGCGGUGUCGUUGAAGGAUUUUAUGGUCGUCCAUGGACAACAGAACAGAGAAAGGAUCUUUUUCGAAAAUUAAAAAAAUGGGGUAUGGAUUCGUAUCUUUAUGCUCCGAAAGACGAUUACAAGCAUCGUGCAUUCUGGCGAGAUUUGUACACCGUCGAGGAAGCUGAGCAUUUAACUGGUUUAAUUACUGCCGCACGGGAAUCUGGAAUAACAUUUUAUUAUGCAUUAUCACCUGGUUUAGAUAUAACUUACUCUAGUGCUAAAGAAGUGACGGCGUUGAAGAGAAAAUUAGAACAAGUUAGUCAAUUUGGAUGUACUGCUUUCGCUCUAUUAUUCGAUGAUAUCGAGCCGGAGAUGAGUGAAGCGGAUAAGGAAGUGUUCCAGUCAUUUGCACACGCUCAAGUUUCAGUGACAAAUGAUAUAUUUCAACAUCUAGGACAGCCGCGUUUUCUUUUGUGUCCAACGCAAUAUUGUGCGACACGUGCAGUGCCCAAUGUAUCGACAUCUGAAUAUCUCAAUACUCUUGGCAGUAAAUUGGCUCAAGAGAUAGACAUAAUGUGGACAGGUCCAAAAGUAAUAUCACGAUUAUUGUCCGUUGAAUCCAUAGAGGAAAUAACGGAAGUCUUGAGAAGACCGCCGGUAAUUUGGGACAAUUUACACGCAAAUGAUUACGAUCAAAAACGAGUAUUCCUUGGACCAUAUUCUGGACGAUCGCCUGAUCUUAUUCCAAAACUUCGAGGCGUUCUCACGAAUCCGAAUUGUGAAUAUGGAGCGAAUUUUAUUGCAAUUCAUACCUUAGCACAAUGGAGUAGAUGUAACGUCGACGGGAAGCGAGAUUUGAGUCUAAACGACACAGUCUCGGCGGAUAUAAAAUUAGAAACAGAGACAGAGGACGGUGUUGUGGGUGAGGAUGUGCCUUCGACAUUAUCGCCGAAUAUGUAUCAUCCGCGGCACGCGCUCAAGAAUGCAAUAAACGAAUGGUUGCCGGAAUUCGAAAAAAAACGGGCAGCAUGGGGUGUUAUUGCAAAACCACAACCUUGCGUUGCGCCAACAAUACCAAUACCAAUUAUUCCCUCGGUGAAUACGUGCAUGAGUUUAACGACGACAACAAAUACAACGGUGGCAGCCGCUCCAGUGGUGAUCAACAAUUCAAAUCACCUUCAAGCUUUAGCAGAAGUUUGCACCAGUGUCUCAGUGAAUGAUACUUUCAUUCCGCCAGUUGGUCCUGUCAUGAAUUCCCUGAUAUCAGAGACAAAAGUUGUCAGUGAACUUGCCCUACCUCAGUCGGGAAUAAUUGCUGCAACGUCAACGGCAACAAUUCUACCAUCCACCGAGCCAAUGGAUUGUAAUACAACGCCUGGCAAUUCUCCUGCACAUAUCGCUAAAACUCCCAUUGAGGAUGAUGUAAUGGUGGAAAAUUCUUCGACCUGUAGUGGAGCUUCGGGAAGCAUGCAAGUGGAGGUGGACAGCACAUCACCAAGUAUUAACGGCAACCAAAUGGUCGUUGAAAAUGACAACGAAAAUCAUGAAAAUAUUGUGAACAAUGAUAACGGGAGUCCAUGCCAAGAGAGUCUUAAUAUUAAAGAGGCGAAUAAAUUGACCCAUGAAGAUUUAUCCCUACUUUGUGAUCUUUUCUAUCUGCCAUUCGAACACGGUGGUCAGGGUAUUCAAUUACUUCAGGAAUUCAAUUGGUUGAAAAGUAAUGCUCAAAUUGCAAUUAAAAAAUCUGAGGACGAAGAGCCAACUUCAAAAGCCGAUGUUGAUGAGUGGCACUCGCGAACUGCCAAACUGAACGAAAUGUGUAAUUCAGUGAAUAGACUUUUUCAACGAUUAACGUAUUGCAACAAUCGUGAAUUAUUGUACGAUUUAUAUUCGUACGUGUGGGAUAUGAGGGGCGUCGUAUCGCUACUCAAUAGUUACAUCAAAUGGCUCGCACUUGGCAGAUUUCCAUCGUCGAUGACAACAUUCACCCAAGGAAGCUAUACAUGGUUUUCAAAUGGGUGGAAGGAAACUUUCAUGAGUGGAGAUCAAGAACCUUGGGUAUUUCGCGGUGGUCUCACAGCUGAUUUACAGAGAUUAAUACCAGUGGACAGUGGAAACGAUUUAUUUGUCUACAAAGCACCGGAAGUGCCUACAAGUGAAAUUUACACAAUUCGACCAUAUUUAUCGAGUGACGAAGAUGCGGUUUACGCUGUUUGCAAUCGAAUUACUGGCUGUACAAUGUCGUCUGCCGUUGCCGAUAGACUCGUCGGAGGAUUCUUAACAUUGAGUCCUGAGCUUUGUAUGGUCGUCGAAGAUGAAGAAGGUAUUGUUGGCUAUGCGCUGGCGGCAAUAAACAUUACAAAUUUUAAUAAAAAAUUGUCACUUUCGUGGAUUCCGGAAAUGUGUUCAAAAUAUCCAUUAAAUGAGAGUGUCAAUGAGAUGCCGCAAAAUAUUCAGGAGGCGAUUCAGUAUUUUCAUUCGUUUGUUCCUGAAGUGCCAGAACAGUUGGAGAGACAGCAUCCAUCCUAUAUUAUUUGUUCAGUAUUAUCAACAGUUACUGAUCAAUCAGUUGCAAAAAGACUAAUUACUUGCACUCUCGCCGCUUUGAGAGCCAAUGGAUCCUUCGGUAUUCACACAACAACAUCAAGUAGCGAUAAGGAAAUGCAUGAAUUCUACGCCAAACUUGGAUUUGUGGAUUUUUCACCAACGAAGAAUGAUAAUUCGCCAAUUGUGAUGUGUAGAAGUUUCUAACGAAAGGUAAUAACUACAUCAUUAUUUUCCAAUAAUCUACUUCUAUCAAGUUCAGAGAAGUAGAGAAUUUUUAGAAUUUCAAAUUUUUCUUUUUCUCAUGACAAAAAAGAAAUUGGAGACUGACUAAAAAGAAAACAAAAAUUCACUCUUUACUCUUUUUGCGAGUGAAAUAAAAAUUUUUUCUUUUGUUAGAAAAUUUUCCACAAUGGUGUAUAUUAUGUUAUUAAAGUAAUUCGCAAAAAAGAAAAUUUUUUGCCUAUUAGAGUAGGAAAAUUACGUGAAAAAGAAAAGAAAGAAAUAUUAUACACACAACUUUUUCUAAAAUCAAAACAAAAAAUUCUCAAAUUCGCCCUCGCAUUACAAAAAAAGAAAGAGCCAAAUUAUAAAUAAGAUUUUGAUGAAUUUGCAAUUAACAAUUGAAAAAUAAAUUUGAAAAAACAAUGAGCUCUGAGUAGUGCGAGAAAAUUGAUAUAGGAGAGAAAGAAAAAGUACACGUUACAAAAGUACUUUAAUAAGCGCUAUUAAUAAAUUUCCACAAUAUUUGAAUUUUUCUAAUUUUUUUUUUUAAAUAUAAAAUAAUAAAACUCAGCCUUCGAAUUUAUAAGUGUAGUUAAAAGAAAAAAUAAUCCGUGAUUGUGUGACAUGUAAUGCCACAUUCUUCUUUUUAUUAGGAUACAAAAAUUUAGAGCAAUAUUAUUAAUUAAAGAAACAAUUUUUAAACUGUAAAAGGCAGAGAUUAGAGAACAUUUUUUAUCGUUUCAAUUGAUUCUCGAUGUACACAUAUGUUACAUAUUAAUGCUAAUUAAUGCCUUUUAUAAACUACAAGUAAUUAAUCGAUCGCAAUUUAAAAAUAGACUCUAUAGUAUUCUAUAUCAUUUAAAGAAAAAUCAUUUAUUAUAGAGAAAAAAGAACGCACACUAUAGUAAAAUUAUUAUAUCAAAUGCUUGAAAGAUUGAAUUUUUUAAGUCUAUUUAUUAGUCGAAAGUAUUGAGACAUUUUUUUCAUAAUAGAAUCAUUUCUCCAAUUAGUAGAGAAUAUUUGCCUUUGCUUAGAUUAAAAAUGUUGAUUUUAUGAAAAAAGUAUUUGAAAAAAAAUGUUUUUUAAAAAUUUAGCAUUGCAAUUUUAUUAAAUUAUGAAGGAAGUGAAUUUUUUAAUUGUUUUUUUAUUCUUAAUAUUUAAUUAUUAUUAUUAUUAUAUUAUUUAAAGAUUAUUAAAAUCAAUUUACUGAUAUUAUGCAUUUAAUUUUUAUUGUUUUUAAGUAGUGCAAAUAAAUUAGGCAAGUUUAAAGAAUUCUUUUUUAUUUUAGAUUUUUACUGUGUUAUUUAAUUAAAUUCAUAGAUUUUUUUUUGCCUCGAAGAGAAAUGGUAUAUUGUCGUUAAUGUUUUAUGUGUACAAAAAAAGCAUGAAAAAGUUUUCUCUAUUAUAUGUAGGGAAAAAAGAAUUAAUAAGGAAAAGUAAAUUAAUUUUUCGUCUAGUUAACAAAAUUUUUAAAUGAAAGUUUAAAGAAAUAAUUAGAUUAUCAGCAUCGUAAUAAAAAAUAAAGUAGCUUUCUUACUACAUUGCACAAGUGACAUAAAAUCUUUGAAAUGAAAAAUUUCUUCGUUGUAAAAGAGAGAAAGAGAGAAAAUAAGAGCAGAAUGGUCAGGAGAAGAAUGUUUUUUACGUGUAGAAUUUUUUCACAAGUAUAAAAAAAAAUAUCUACGUUUAUACUUCGUCAUAACGUUUCUGUAACGAAUGAAAAAGAAUUAAUUUACAAUUGUUAUUGUGUCAAAUUAGUUAAUUUUUAACUUCUUUUUUUUAAAGCCAUAAAUUAAUUUUAUUUAAGAGAAGAAAAAUUAUGUGAUUUUGGAGGAAAAUAUACUUUCACUUUUUUAUGUAAAUGAAAAA